AUGCAUCAACAGGUGCAUGCUUCGGGGGUGUUUGAGCUGAGACUCAAGUCCUUCAUCAACGAGUACGGGAAAGACAACACGGGGAAAUGCUGCUCGGGAAUGACUUCCAAGACCAGCAAUGAGUGCAUUGGAACCUGUCAGACCAGGUUCAGGAUUUGUUUGAAGCAGUACCAGGCGAAGAUCGACACCACGACCCCCUGUACUUACGGGGACGAGGUGACACCCAUUCUCGGGGGCAAUGUUGUUAAUCUCAGCCCUGAUGUCUCUACUCCCAGAGGCUUCACCAACCCCAUUAGAUUUUUCUUCAAUUUUUCCUGGCCGAUAGAUUGUUAA